AUGAAUAGUCAUCUUGAUUUUUUGCAGCAACAUACUCCUAAUAUGGACCGAAAUGUAGAAAAGGGAGAACCAAGCAGUAAAAGAAAACGGAUGGACGAUAAUUUAAACCAUCACCCAAAAGUAAUAGUCGUGUCAUCAGACAGUGAAAUUUCCGAUUCAAAAACCCAGACCCGAGAACUCCAGCCUAAAAGGAAUGCCGUUGGUAACAACGCUGAUAAUGACGAUGAUAUUGAUUUAAAUGAUGAUGACGACGAUGAAGAUCAUGACGCAGAUGAUGAUAGUGACGAUGAUGGCGAGUCUGAUUCUGAUAAUGAGAAUAACAAUGAAGAUGAUCAGGAUUCAGUUCAAGACUCUGAUACGUAUAAAAGUAAAAGUUGUGACUGA